CUCGUUUUGUAAGUUUUUUUUUGCUUUUCUGCUUUAUGUACUUUUGUAUACACUACUGUUCUCUCCCGUGCUUGCUACUCACCGUUCUUGUUCAAAGUUCAAAACUUUCUGCAAAUUAUAGCAGUUUCUGUGGGAGUUUUUACUCCCCAUAUCUGGUUUCACAAGCAAGGAAAAUGGGGUUCAUUUCCCGAAAGGUUUUCCCAGCAUGUGGGAAUAUGUGUGUAUGCUGUCCUGCUUUGAGGUCAAGAUCAAGACAACCUGUUAAGCGAUACAAGAAACUGCUAGCUGACAUCUUUCCCAAGUCCCCUGAUAGCCCUUCCAACGAGAGGAAAGUUGUUAAAUUAUGUGAAUAUGCGGCAAAAAACCCUUUCAGAAUCCCUAAGAUAACCAAGUAUCUUGAAGAUAGGUGCUACAAAGAACUAAGAAGCCAGAAUAUCAAAUUUGUUGAGAUCGUUGUUGAGGCUUAUAAUAAGUUGCUCAGCAUUUGUAAGGACCAAAUGGCAUAUUUUGCUAUCAACCUAUUGAGCCUAGUGGUUGAACUACUUGAUGAGUCGAAGCAAGAUGCUGUCAGGAUAAUUGGAUGCCAGAUGCUAACUCAGUUUAUUUACAGUCAGGUUGAUGGAACUUAUUCAUACAAUUUGGAAAGUUUGGUUCACAAAGUUUCUAUCAUUGCUCAUGAGACUGGAGAAGAACCUCAAAAACACCGCUUGAGAGCGUCAAGUUUGCAGUCUCUCUCUGCCAUGGUAUGGUUCAUGGGGGAGUUUUCUCAUAUUUUUGCUGCUUUUGAUAAGAUUGUUCAUGCUACACUAGUAAAUUAUGACCCCGAUAGACACAAUGAAAAUGAUGAAGAUGGAGGUGAAGCACAUCAUAAUUGGGUUGAUGAAGUAAUUAGAUGUGAAGGAAGGGGUGUUGGUGAAUUUAGCCCUAGUAGUAUCAACAUCAGACCUCGACCAGACUGGAAAGAUCCUUCUCAAUUAGUCAGAGAAGAGGUUGAGAAACCAAAUAUUUGGGCUCAGAUAUGUGUACAGAGGAUGAUGGAGCUGGCGAAGGAAAGUACGACAAUUCGCCGUGUAUUAGAUCCAAUGUUUGUCUACUUUGACAGUGGAAGACACUGGGUUCCACCCCAUGGGUUGGCGUUGGUAGUUCUGUCUGAUAUGUGCUACUUUAUGGAAAGUUCAGAAAAUGAUGACGUAUUAUACGGUCGGGUUGUCUAUUUGUGGAACCCUUCAGUUAGGAGAAUUAUAACCAUUAGGAAUUCUAGCUGUGAAGGGAUAUCUAAGGAAUUUAGUUGGAUUUCCCCUGGUUGUGGUUACGAUUUUGAUGCAGGUGUCUUUAAGUUGGUUAGGAUUAUAUAUGAUAGCCCAAAUUGUGAAGCUCCCUAUGACCUGGAGAAGACUGAGAUUGAGGUCUACAAUCUGAGUACAGGUUCUUGGAGAAAGAUUGAGAAUUUAGUCGUUAAUUGGAUUAUUUACUGCCAAUUGCGAAUUUUAUAUGUGAAUGGGUUUGUUAAUUGGCUUGCAUUUCAUCCUGAACGACACGAUGAAGAUUUGAUUGUGGCUUUUGAUGUUAAAAGUGAAGAUUUUAGGACACUAGAGUUGCCGGAUUUAGAGAUGGAGGGGGAUUAUAGAGGUCCAUUGCUCAAGGAAUACAAGGACAUGCUUGCAUUUUUUGUUUGUGGAAAUUUUGCAGCUCUUGAAGGGACUGGUACUUGGAGUUUGUGGGUGAUGAGAGAGUAUGGUGUGACCAACUCUUGGGAGAGAUUGUUCAAUGUGGUAACGGAACAGAGGAUAGUUUGGUCUCUAGGGGUUACUAAAAACUGUGAUAUUCUGCUUCUCACCCCUGAUUCAAAAGUGGUGGCAUAUGAUUUUAAGGAGCAGGAAGUGAAGAAUCUUGGGCUUCCUAAGUAUUGCCCGCAUAGCUGUUUCUUGAUAACAUACAUGGAAAGCUUGCUCCUACUGGAUGAACAAGCUAACCUGGAUGGACAUAUGGAUUAG